UUCUUUCGUAAGGAAGUUGGACUUUCCGGGCAGAAUCGACGACUUCUUCGCAAUGGCGCUCCCAUGAAGAAAAUGAGAAAUGGCUGUUCUUUUUCAAAUCUUCAUUCUCCUUAAAAUUUAUUAUGUUUUAGGGCAAAAACAGCCACAUAUCAUUUUUACUGUUGCUGAUGAUUUAGGUUGGAAUGACGUGAGUUGGCACAAUCCGAAGAUUUUCACACCUCACUUGGAAGAGCUGGCUCGAGAUGCAGUCAUUUUAAAUCAAAGUUACGUGCAGCCAGUAUGUACACCAUCACGUGCUGCUUUUAUGACUGGCUACUAUCCAUAUAGAAUUGGACGUCAGAACCAUGUGCUGAAUCCUUUGGUGCCAACUGGUGUUCCUCUUGGACUAACGUUUUUACCUGAAAAACUGAAACAAGUUGGGUACAGCACACAUUUGAUUGGAAAAUGGCACCUAGGUUUUUGCAAUUUGUCAUAUACUCCAACACGCCGAGGAUUCGAUACGUUUUUUGGAUUUUAUAAUGGAGCUCUGGAUUAUUUUAGCUAUACAAGAAGUUCUAAACAGAGAAGCCCAAAUGCCAAAUGGAAUGAAGCUGAGGAAGAAAUUGGUUUUGACUUCAGAGACAAUACUAAACUAUCUCGGAAAUACAAUGGAAAAUACUCAACGACAUUACUUGCGGAAAAAGCAAAAGAACUGAUUUCUUCUCACUCGCUUGAUGAACCACUGUAUCUUUUUCUCUCUUUUCAAGCCGUCCAUAGUCCACUUCAGGUUCCGAAAAUAUAUGAGGAUAUUUAUCAUCAUAUUAAAGAUGCAAAACGCAGAAAGUACAGUGGAAUGGUGACAGCUAUGGAUGCAGCAAUCGGCAUCGUUGUGGAAGCUCUGAAAGACAAAGGCUUCUGGGAUAACAGUAUAUUCAUCUUUACUACAGACAAUGGAGGUCAGACAUUGGCAGGAGGCAAUAAUUGGCCCCUCAGAGGAAAUAAAGGAACCCUUUGGGAAGGUGGAACGAGAGCUGUCACUUUUAUUCAUGGUCCACAAUUCAAAAAAGGUUACGUAAAUGACAAACUGUUCCAUGCUGUCGAUUGGUUUCCAACUUUACUGCAUGCAGCUGGAGUGAAAUCAGUUUCAGGUAUUGAUGGCGUUGAUCAAUGGAAUGUCAUUAGUGAGGAUGCAGAAGCUGUUAGAAAUGAAAUAGUGUAUAAUAUUUACGAUUCCGAUUCACCAAGAGCAGCUAUUAGGAUUGACAACUAUAAGCUAAUCGAAGGUUUUCCAGGAAAGCCAUCUGACUGGAUAGCUCCUGAGGAUGGAUCAUUCACCCGAAGUAUUCACUGUAGACUAAAGAAGAAUGAUACCCUAGAAAAUGCAACAGAGUUUUUGAGGCUUUAUGACCUCGAAAAAGAUCCUUUGGAGCGCUAUAACAUUGCCAAAACAUUUCCAUGGAUAGUAGAGAAGCUUAAAUCACGUAUUGAAGAUUUGAAAGUAGAUAUGGUACCAGCUGAUGAUCCUCCAGUGGAUGAAAGAGGUGAACCAAAAUUGUGGGGACACAGCUUCAGUCCUGGAUGGUGCAUUGCAAAAUGAACAAGUGGAAAAGAAAAAAAAUAUUUUGAAAUAAGAUUUCAAAUAGGAAGAAUAUUUUUCGUAGUUUUCAUGGAAUGAUAUCUACUUGUAAGAAUUAUAUCUAGGAAAUAGUGAUGCUAAUGUAAUUCAACAUAUGUAUGUUUGAAAUUCAUUAAACAUUAUUUAAAAUUUUUUUUAACAUUCUCUCUAAAGAGUAUGUUUCGGUUCCUUUUCUAUAAGGAUGCUUGUAAUUUAUUAACCUUCUUGUACUGACAGAAAUCACUUCUCAGUGAGUCCGUGGACUACAUGUGUUAGACAUUUAAUUGAAUCAUGUUACACAAUUAUCUCACUGAAUUAAAUUAUAGUAGGAUCGCAUACAAGUAGCAUCACGCUUCGCUGCAAAAAUAUUUCUACCUAUUCACGAGAUUUAAAAGUAAAUACAAUUUAAAAACAGCCCAACUAUGCAAGAAGGUCCAGGAAGCAACAUCAGCCUUCAAUUUUAUAAAAUCAAAUAUAAUAUAUAAUUCAAUUUAUGCGAGUUUUUUAAAUUUAAUUAUUUUAUAUCCACUUAAAUUCCUAUUUAAAAAGCGCCUUCUGAUUUGCACGAGUUUUUGUUAGCUCUUAUGAUCCAAUAGUUGUAACUUGAACUGUUUUUAAAUGUUUCUGAAGUAGUUCUUUAAAUUUUGUUUUAAUUCCACUUCUGAAACGAGGGUUCCCAUUUCCGUGCUGUUAAAAAGCUAUCUAUUGCCUCUUUCGGUUUCUUCUUGCUCUGAAAUUCUUACCAAUAAAGCUUCAUUGCGUUUCUCAUCUAGUAAUAGUUCCAUUUUGCUGAGAAUAACAGAAUAAUAAAGUUUAAUUUCACCUUUAACCCCAUAUAUUUCUUGUUUGUAGCAGUUGCAUUACUCUAUCUUCUUUUUUGGAUAAUAGAUGACGAUGCCUGAUUAGGUACACAUCCCAUAGUGCAUUGCGAUUGCAAAUAGAAAGCAAUGAGUUGCUGUUCUGUUUAAGAGGUGCGUGUGUUAAUGUCUUGUCUAGUCUUUCGUGUUUGUAUUUGUUUUUGUGUGAAAUGUGAUCAUUAAAGAAAUAUUUCUAAAAA